UGCGAGGCUCGGGCGGGCUGGGCGGAUUCGACGCGCGCCGCAGCGGUUGGCGAAGCCGACCCGGCGCAGCCUCCGCGGUACCGGGAACGAUCCCGGCUGACAGAUUUCCCCCUUCUUCCGGCUGCGCCACUGGGGAGGCGGAUCCCCGGGGCCUCUGGCGGCUUCCUCCUCUCGGCGGGUCCAGCGAGCGGCCUGGGAAGGGGAGGUCGUCGGGGGCGGCGGCGGCGGCGGCGGGCGGGGACCGCGCUCCCCCCCCUUCCCCGGCGGCGGCGGGGCAGGACAAUGGAGGUGGCUGUGGAGAAGGCAGCGGCGGCCGCGGCUCCGGCAGCGGCCGCCGGGGGGCCCUCGGCGGCCCCGAGCGGGGAGAACGAGGCCGAGAGCCGGCAGGGCCCGGACUCGGAGCGCGGCGGUGAGGCGGCCCCGCUCAACCUGUUGGACACUUGCGCCGUGUGUCACCAGAACAUCCAGAGCCGGGCGCCCAAGCUGCUGCCCUGCCUGCACUCGUUCUGCCAGCGCUGCCUGCCGGCGCCCCAGCGCUACCUCAUGCUGCCCGUGCCCAUGCUGGGCUCGGCCGAGACCCCGCCGCCCCUGCCCGGCCCCGGCCCGGGCCCCGGCUCCGGCUCGCCGGCCAGCGGCUCCACGCCGUUCGCCACCCAAGUUGGAGUUAUCCGAUGUCCAGUGUGCAGCCAGGAAUGUGCAGAGAGACACAUCAUAGAUAACUUUUUUGUGAAGGACACUACUGAGGUUCCCAGCAGUACCGUAGAAAAAUCUAAUCAGGUGUGUACAAGCUGUGAGGACAAUGCUGAAGCUAAUGGGUUUUGUGUAGAGUGUGUUGAGUGGCUCUGCAAGACUUGCAUUAGAGCCCAUCAGAGAGUGAAGUUCACCAAAGACCACACGGUCAGACAGAAAGAGGAAGUAUCUCCAGAGGCAGUUGGUGUAACCAGUCAGCGACCAGUGUUUUGUCCUUAUCAUAAAAAGGAGCAGUUGAAGCUUUACUGUGAGACAUGUGACAAACUGACCUGUCGGGACUGUCAGCUGCUAGAACACAAGGAGCACAGAUAUCAGUUUAUAGAAGAAGCUUUUCAGAAUCAGAAAGUGAUAAUAGAUACACUGAUCACCAAACUGAUGGAAAAAACAAAGUACAUUAAAUAUACAGGAAAUCAGAUCCAAAGCAGAAUAAUUGAAGUAAAUCAAAAUCAAAAGCAGGUGGAACAGGAUAUUAAAGUUGCUAUCUUCACACUGAUGGUAGAAAUAAAUAAAAAAGGAAAAGCUCUGCUACAUCAGCUAGAGAGCCUUGCAAAGGACCAUCGCAUGAAACUUAUGCAGCAACAACAGGAAGUGGCUGGACUUUCUAAGCAGUUGGAACAUGUCAUGCAUUUUUCUAAAUGGGCAGUUUCCAGUGGCAGCAGUACAGCAUUACUUUACAGCAAGAGACUGAUUACGUACCGGCUGCGGCACCUCCUUCGUGCCAGGUGUGAUGCUUCCCCCGUGACAAAUAACACCAUCCAGUUUCACUGUGACCCAAGUUUCUGGGCCCAGAAUAUUAUCAACUUAGGUUCUUUAGUAAUUGAAGAUAAAGAGAGCCAGCCACAAAUGCCUAAGCAGAAUCCUGUGGUGGAACAGAAUGCACAGUCAUCAGGUGGUUUACCUUCAAACCAGUUAUCCAAGUUUCCAACACAGAUCAGCCUAGCUCAGUUACGACUCCAGCAUAUGCAGCAACAGGUAAUGGCUCAGAGGCAACAGGUGCAACGGAGGCCAGCACCUGUGGGUUUACCAAACCCUAGAAUGCAGGGGCCCAUCCAGCAACCUUCCAUCUCUCAUCAGCAGUCCCCUCCACGUUUGAUAAACUUUCAAAAUCACAACCCUAAACCCAAUGGGCCAGUUCUUCCUCCUCAUCCUCAGCAACCAAGGUACCCACCAAGCCAGAGUAUACCACGCCAAGCAAUAAAACCCAACCCCCUACAAAUGGCUUUCCUGGCUCAACAAGCCAUUAAACAGUGGCAGGUCAGCAGCGGGCAGGCCGUCCCCUCCACCGCCAGCAGCACGUCCUCAACGCCUUCCAGUCCCACCAUCACCAGUGCUGCAGGCUGCGACGGAAAGGGCUUUGGUUCACCUAUGAUCGAUUUGAAUUCGUCAGUAGGAGGAGGCUCUUACAAUCUUCCUUCUCUUCCAGAUAUUGAUUGUUCCAGUACUAUGCUGCUGGACACUGUGGUGGUAAGGAAGGAUUCCACUACAGAUCAGGCCCAGCCAAGACCGCCCUCAAACAGAGCGGUUCAGUCACCAAAUUCAUCAGUGCCCUCGCCAGGACUGGCAGGACCUGUUACUAUGACUAGCGUUCACCCCCCAAUACGUUCACCUAGUGCCUCCAGCGUUGGGAGUCGAGGAAGCUCUGGCUCUUCCAGCAAACCAGCGGGAGCAGAUUCUACUCACAAAGUCCCAGUGGUCAUGUUGGAGCCAAUUCGAAUAAAACAAGAAAACAGUGGACCACCCGAAAAUUAUGAUUUCCCUGUUGUUAUAGUGAAACAAGAAUCAGAUGAAGAAUCUAGACCUCAAAAUACCAACUAUCCCAGAAGCAUACUUACUUCCUUGCUCUUAAAUAGUAGCCAAGGUUCUUCUUCUGAGGAACCUGUGCUGAGAUCCGAUGCCCCUGACAGCACAGGAGAUCAGCCUGGGCUCCAGGAAAAUUCCUCCAAUGGAAAGGCCCAGUGGCUGGACGCCCCCCAGAAGUCGCCCCUUCAUGUUGCGGAGACGAGGAAGGACGAUGACCCCAAUGAGGACUGGUGUGCGGUGUGUCAGAAUGGAGGAGAGCUUCUAUGUUGUGAAAAGUGCCCCAAAGUCUUCCAUCUCUCCUGCCAUGUGCCCACCUUGGCAAAUUUUCCAAGUGGAGAAUGGAUUUGUACUUUUUGCCGAGAUUUAUCAAAACCUGAAGUUGAAUAUGAUUGUGACGCUCCUAGUCAUAACUCAGAAAAAAGGAAAUCUGAAAGCCUUGUGAAGUUAUCACCAAUAGACAAAAGGAAGUGUGAACGCCUACUUUUGUUUCUUUACUGCCACGAAAUGAGCCUGGCUUUUCAAGACCCUGUUCCUCUGACUGUGCCUGAUUAUUACAGAAUAAUUAAAAAUCCCAUGGACUUGUCAACUAUCAAGAAAAGACUCCAAGAGGAUUAUUACAUGUACACAAAGCCUGAAGAUUUUGUAGCUGAUUUCAGGUUGAUCUUUCAAAACUGUGCUGAAUUCAAUGAGCCUGAUUCAGAAGUAGCCAAUGCUGGUAUAAAACUUGAAAGUUAUUUUGAAGAACUUCUAAAGAACCUUUAUCCAGAAAAAAGAUUUCCUAAACUUGAAUUCAAGAAUGAAUCAGAGGAUAAUAGAUGUAGCGAUGACUCAGACGAUGACUUUGUACAGCCCCGGAAGAAACGCCUCAAAAGCAUCGAGGAACGCCAGUUGCUUAAAUAAGCAGCGCCAUUGGCAUAUGCUUAUUUUUGGAUUUGCUUUGUUCUAUUGUUUCAAAAAAAAAAACAACUUGCCAUUAAUUUAACAUCAUACAGAGAUGAGUUUGUGAGUCCUCUGAUCUAUUUUCAAUGUUUACCAGACUUUGGUUUCCUGAAAUUAAAAUUUUUAACUUAUAAAAUGGAUGUAAAUGAAUGGAAGAAAAGAUGCAGAAGAAAUUGAAGCACACAAGCAAGAAGAAAACAAACAUGAAAGAACAAAGAAAUGAAACCUUUUUUCCCACCUCUUGAGUGACAGCUACUAGAGAAAAGAAAUUGACUUUGUGUGAACUCUCAUUUGAAAAUGUAAUUUGAAUGUGUGCAUUAAUCCAUUUUUAGAUUAUGAAUGCCACUGCCCAUUGAUUAUGGUCCAAGCAUAUGAAUUAGUUUACUGUUCUUAAAAGUACUACCAGGGCUUGGGUGGUAACAAACGUUCUUUCAACCAGGAUUCCCACUGGUGUACCAAAAGGUUUGUAGAGUAGAUAUUCAGAAGGAAUCUAAUAGUAUAUCAUGUAAUAUGGUGACUAUAUUAAAGAAAUCAGGAAAACAAAUGUUGAUUUUUGCUUUUAUUCUUGCCUUGUCUGUAGAAGUGUUUGGUAUAGCAGGUUUUCAGGGCCAUUUUCUCAUCCAUUUCUAGAUGUAGAUUUUGUUCAGCUGCUUCUCUUGAAAGAAGUUAAGUGCACACAUGUUUGGUUUUGUUGUGUGUCUGUCUGUGGUUUAUUGGUUUGUUUGUUUGUUUUUCAAGUGUCAGGUUAGUCCUUUUAUAGCAAGCCCAUAGCAGGUAGUAGAACUACCCAAAAUCCAGCAGUGUGUAUGAGUGUACCAUAUUUGAUGUGAGGUUUCUUUAAAUGUGCCCCUAAGGAACACUAAAUACAAUUGCCCUAAAAGGGGAUACGUUUUUUUGUGUGUGUUGGUUUAGUUUUUAUUUUCAUCUGUCUUUAUCAUUUCAAAUAAAAAAUGUGUUUGGCACUUGGAAACAAGUUUGGAAGGGGCAUUAUAGG